CAUGCCUCUCAGUGCGAUGCCGGGUGCCGCUGGCGGUGGGGAUGCCGCAUCGUGUAUCGCGUAUCCGGCGUAUAGAGCUGUGCUGCGCGCGCUAACGCUCGCGCACGGUACGUCACAUCACGUCGCGUCGCGUCGUCGCCGCCGCGACUGACUCCCCUUGCUGAUCGGACGCGCCCCCCCCCCUCCCUCGCCGUCCUCCGUAGUACGUGUUUCCCGUUUCGCGCGAGCCACACACAGAAUCACGCCGCGCGACGCAAGCAUUUAGGGGGUAUACGGGUUUCUUUUUUUUUCUUUCUCUUAUAUACACUCUCUUUCUCUCCCUCUCCUUCUCGAGGGAUCUGACGGCGGCGACACGAGAGCGUAAGGAGCGGUAGCGCGCGCGUUGUUGCGGUCUAUCGACUCCUCGGUCUCGAGCGGGGAUAACUGAAGUGCACGGCGCGAGGCACGCUGGAGGUGCCGCCGCGAACGUCGCGCUAUGCCAGUAUAAAUAUUGUUCUGUCGCACGCACGAGGCGCAGCUUCUCUCCUCCCUUCUCGCGAGUCUUCCCUCGCUGGGUUCUCCUCCCUUCUUUCUUUCAUCUCCCAUAUUUUUCUCCUCUCGAAUUCCUCCGUUGUCUCAUCUCGCGCGUGGUUCGCGAGUGCCUCGGAAUCGUCGUGCGCCUCGACGUUAACCCUUCCCUCCCUCCCCCCCCCUCUCGACGGUCGUCAAAUAACGAAACGCGAACUCGAGUGCGGCCGCAGUGAUAAUCGCGGUUCAGUUCAGUGACGUUUCUCGUGAUAGAAUGAUCGAAGUAGUUAUUCCAUGUAAUCCCGCGGGACACGGUACGUCCGGUGUGCCGUAGUGACCGUGCCGCUCUGUCAUCUGUUUCCAAGAAGAGAGAGGGAAAGAGAGAGAAAGAGCUAGAGAGGGAGAAGAAAAGGGAGAGAUAAAGCGAGAGGACUGGCCUCUACCUGCCUGUCCGAGUGAGCGAGCGAACGAGCGACCGACCGACCGACCGACCGACCGAUCCGCUCCGCUCCGAGACUGUGUGUAUGUGUAAUAACGUGGUAUGGCUCGUCGUCGGUGGUUCCUGGCCACCUUUAUUACAGCGGAACCCGAAUGCGUGCGCGAGCGCGAGCGUACCCCUCUCGCCUGACCGGCCUACCCGUCAACGUAAGGCUGCGUUCAUACGUGAAAUCGAUUUUCGCGCGGGGACCGUCAUCCGGCCGUUCCUCGCCGAGGAGACGCAUUACCACGGUUAAUGAACGGAACCAACGUCGGCCGAUCGUCCAAUCAGCUUUUAGCCAGGCUGGACGAGCGUAGUCGAAUGCAGCUGGGCUCAGCAUGCCCUCUAAGAAGCAAUACAACCUCGUACAUAAUGACGAGUACGACACGCGAAUACCACUGCACAGCGAGGAGGCGUUCCACCGUGGAAUCGUGUUCCACGCCAAGUUCAUCGGCUCUAUGGAGGUUCCGCGACCGACUAGCCGAGUGGAGAUCGUGGCGGCGAUGCGAAGAAUCCGCUACGAAUUUAAGGCCAAAGGGAUCAAGAAAAAGAAAGUGACGCUGGAAGUCUCGGUGGACGGGCUGAAAGUGACCCUACGGAAAAAGAAGAAAAAACAGCAACAAUGGAUGGACGAGAACAAGAUAUAUCUGAUGCACCACCCGAUUUACAGGAUAUUCUACGUCUCGCACGACAGCCAUGACUUGAAAAUAUUUAGUUACAUUGCCCGUGACGGGAGCAGCAAUACCUUCAAAUGUAACGUCUUCAAAUCUAGCAAAAAGAGUCAAGCGAUGAGGGUGGUCAGAACAGUCGGACAAGCUUUCGAGGUGUGCCAUAAGUUAAGCAUAAACAAUACUACGGAGGAUCGAGGGGAGAAGGACGGUGGGGAGAAUCAUGGGGAAAAUUACGGUGAUGUUUACGAGGACCAAGACGAAAUUCCUAAUGAACAAUCUCAGCCUUCUCCGUCACCGGUGCACAAAGACAUAUCAUUGUUGGGGGAUACUGAAGAUUCGGUUCCCGAACAAACGUCCGUUACCUGUCUACUCCGAUCGCAUGAUGGACCGGCGACAACAAACUCUACCUCACCAAUCAGACAGUCGCCAUCGGGCACGGUAACCUCCGAGUGCGGAGGUUUAUUGGUGGGAGGCGAGUUAACAGCCCUGAAACACGAAAUACAGCUCCUGCGUGAACGUUUGGAGCAACAGAGUCAACAAACCAGAGCUGCCGUUGCCCAUGCGCGACUUCUUCAAGAUCAGCUGGCGGCGGAAACGGCAGCGCGCGUCGAAGCUCAGGCGAGGACGCAUCAACUUCUAGUGCAAAAUAAGGAAUUGUUAGAACACAUAAGUGCACUGGUGGGCCACCUGAGGGAACAGGAGCGUGUUUCCGGUGGCCAUGUCACCUCACAGUCGCAAAUCCCGACGCCCGCAUCCAUGCAACAGAACGCGACGGUUUCCGACUUGUCGAGCCUUGGACAGUGCCAACGGACUGGGGGCCAGAGUUCGCCAUGGGAAUUGGAUCCACCGACCUUUCCGUAUUGCUCGUAUCCACCGGAAUCGCUGUAUUCCGGCGGUCUCGGCGCUAUGGGAAUUCAGGGUAAUAACACCACUACGGAUCAGCUGCAGUUCCAAACGCAGUUAUUGGAACGGCUGCACAACCUGAGCCCGUUUCAACCGCAGAGAUCGCCCUACAAUACACCGUCGCCGUACGCGAUGGGUCCAAGUUUACUUCUACCUCCGUGCAGCGGGCCGGCGAAUUCAGCUCAACUAUCCCCAAAUUCUGCGUCCCUGCGAGUCUCGCAACCAAAUAGUUUCUCCUCGUCGCCAAUUAUGCCUCACAAACUCGAGAAUUAUGGAACGGAUAAUUCGGACAACGCGCAGUUACUUUUUAUAAAGCCUUUGCCAUGUACCAAUGACAGAAACGUGACUCAUCCAUCAACGGACGUGAAAGCCAAGCAGGAACGCCCAAAUUUACAGGAUUCCACCGAAAUACCUCCGAUAAUUCUGGACCCUCCACCGCAAGGCAGACGCGAGGAUAACGUGGUCAAGAAAGCGAGUAUGAAGCAGAGCUUGAUCGCUCAGGGCACGCAGGAUAACAAGAGUAAUACGCAGAGUUCGAAGAAUCUGGCCACCAUCCUGCGAUCUUCAGGUCCGCCGCCUUCCCGCACGACGAGCGCACGAUUACCCUCGCGUAACGAUCUGAUGAGCGAAGUGCAGCGAACGACCUGGGCUCGCCACACGACCAAAUGACGGGACACCGUCUAGUACAAUGAUGCCAAUCUGCGUAAUCUUCGACCACGAUAAAUCUUCGAAGACGAUAAUUUCGUUAGACUCCAAAGAGAACACAUAUCCAUGUAUAUCCCUAUUAGGGAUAUCGACGAGAGAAUCACGAGAAAAGUGGUUAUGCGUGGUUUGAGAACCUUUGAUUAAACGGAUAACAGGGUUUGCAUUUUCUCCUCGAUCGCUCAAACUCGAAUCCCAAACGUCAUAUUUAAAGACUUUUAAAAUGUGCAUGAUAUGAUUUUUCUAUAAGUAAAAAUUUGGAUUGUAGAAAAGCGAUUGGACGUAUAGUCAAAUGAAAAUUCGUUGCCAAUAAGAAGUAAGAAUUUUUGAGAAUAUCUUUUACAAAAGUGCUAUUACUAGAGCUCUAGAGAUCUAUUAUUCAGAUACAGAGUCAAUGAAUUAUCGUAGUGUAGUGUCGUUUCUAUGACGAACGUGAGACUCGCGGUUGUUUCAACAAACAUUAUACAUUCGUUUGCAUCUUAUAACGUCCGUGGAGUGUUUGUAAAGAUAUGGAAAUGAUAGUCGCGUUCGGGCGAAUUAGUGGAUGUAUACCUCACGCAUCCGUCUCGCAAAGAGAGACGGAUUGUAAUACGUAAUUCGUACAUUUAAUCGUAUCGCGACAUUUACUGUGUACUCCCAUGUAUAUAAAAAAAAAAAAUUCGCCAUUUGACGGACGAACUUGUGCCAAAAGUACCAAUUGUCUUAAGAGAGUUUAUUUUCAGUAUAUUUUUAAGUAAUGUAAAAAUAAAGAUAAGCGUGAUCACAGAGA